GGCCACUAUGUGCGGGUUGAAGAACCGCGGCACUUUUUACUAUAUUAGUAUUGAAAUAAAAAUACCCAUAUACAGGGAUAUGAUGCGAAAAACACAAAAUAUUGGAGAAACACUAAAUUAAUAUGCAACUACACAAAUCCAAGGUAUCAAAUGUGAAUCAUGUUAAAUUUGUUACCAUCAUAUACAGGGUAAAGGUACUUACAUUUAAGGUCGAAAUCAUCCGGCGAGUAAAAACUCGAUCUCUCGAACAGUCGCACUGUUUACUCACUAACAACGUGUAAUCUCUCCGCGGAAAUACAGCGUACUGGAGAAGAAGCGCGAGCGCGCGAUAAAUGUACAUAUCCAACGUAAGAAAAUUCAUCGAUCUAGCUACUUACAAAGUAUUGUUAAUAAGCGUACUAUUAAAAGUUGGCUACGAUUUUUAAUUCCGUCGCCAUUGUAUACUAUGUACGAUAUUAAAGUUGAUGAUUCAUUUUUUAAUGAUAAUCAAAUUCACGAUGAAAUUCAGCAAGAUGAUUUCAGCGAACAUAUUCCUAUAGAAGAAAGUUUUACGGCUCAACAGCAGACAUUACUGUGGAAUGAAGAACAAUACUUACGUAUUGCACCUGGUGAAGAAAACGUACCUGAAAGUUUAUUAUUUGAUGAACAUGCAGAGGAACUUUCCUUUCCCGCAAUUUACUUGGGUCAGUUCCGUAAUUUUAGGGAUGGUGUGAAAGUAACCCCUUUCAUGAUGGCUUCUACUGGAGGAGUUGCCAUUUAUCAGAAUAUGCACGACACUACCAAUGUCAUUACUCUAAACAUUGAUAUGACUGUAAGGCAGGCGGAAUUAACAACUUCAACAGUGACAUCAGUUGGUGAGUUUUGUGCAGCUGAAUGCAAAAUGGAAAAUGGCAACAAAAUUGUUUUGAUGGAUAGAGUCGGUAUUACAAAGAUGAGAAAUUUUGACACUAAAUAUAGCGCACGUACCGUCGCUGACAUGUCACAAGACGUCUGCCACCGACCGCGGCGAUCCCUCAACGAAUUCCGAUCGAGAAGAGCGAAAAAUACACGAACUGAGCAUGCGCGCGUAAAAAGUUGUGCAUCGGGAGCAACGCCGCGGGAGGCGGUCCCUGCGCCCGCGCCGCCGCCGCCGUCGCCGCCGCUGCUGCUCGACGCGGGGACGGCACCCGCAAAUGAAUCGCAACAUUAA